AUGUUUCGUCUUAUUGUCAAGAAACUCCCACCAGAGAACGAACCCGAGCGUUACGAAUGGCUAGAGACGAGCUAUUUCUCUUUAUGGACAGAUAAUGGUAAUCUACUCAUCUGCUUCAACAGUCCAGAGUACUUUGCAAAGCAGUUCGUAGCUACUCUGAACGCUCGUUCCAGCUACACGAGCGAAACUCUCGAUAAGCCAUAUGCAUUCCACGUCAUUUUGAUGGACUCUCUGGUUUCCAUCUACGAUCAAAGCAUCUGGGACUUGUCCAAGAGGAUCCGUGACAUAGAGNAAGGUACCUACUUCCGAGUGGCUCAUGGCGUUUCCAAGGCACUGACUGUAAUUGUCUAUGAUGCAAAGAACCGCAAGCACAUAAUAGACAAAGGGUUUCCUGGAUUGCACGAAGUAGCCCGUCACGCAGCUCACGCCACGGAAACCGCACAGGUGGCCGGCACUGUAAUUGAGCGUAUGGUGUCUGAAUGCGAGGCCCUGGCACAAAGACAGAAUGACGAUGAUGCGGAGCAGGCAAUGUAUGAACGACUCGAGGCUUUGAGAAUGUACCACAGCAUGAUGCUUGGAAUUGCGGCUCGCUCCACCUCGAACGAGAAGAGACUAAGCAACGAAAUCAACNUUGACAACAAUGUCAAUCUCGAAAUUGCGCGCGCCACCAAAGCUGACAGCGUGGCCAUGAAGACUAUCGCAAUUGUCACAUUGACUUUUCUGCCUGCAACCUAUGUUUCCGCAUUGUUGGGCAUGAAUCUCUUCAGCUACAGCCCAGACGCUAAUGGCGGCCACAUAAACUAUUCUCCGGACCUCUGGCUCUACUUUGUCAUCUCUAUACUGCUGACAGCCGCAGUUUUGACUACAUGGUGGGUAUGGCAGAGACGUGUGGAAAUGGUCAAGAGCUCAGAGAAUCAGACUGAGGAGGCUGCCAAGAGUGCUGGCACUGGAGCAUCGUCUUCAAGAUCUAAAUAG